AGCUUUCAUUACAAGUGAGUGCUAUUCCUUUAUUACCCAUGAUCUCAAAGAAAGUGUUUCUCCACUUUACAAUUCUUUGACUGUUAUCAUCUCUCCAAACACAGUCUCCAUUGUGAAGAUGACUGUCCAGUACCAUGCUUCGACUGUGACAAACAUGAACAUUGAAGACAGUAAAAUCGGCUAUAAGCAGUUUCUCGGGGAUGGCAGCAGCCCCCGCAUUUCAGAGUUUGUGUUGAGGAACAGCUCCUACAGGGUUGCCACAGUUUGCCUCGGGCUCCUCUGUGUUCUCAUGCUGGCCGGUAUCAUAGGUCAGAGCAUCCACUAUCAAAAAGCCGAAAAAGAACAUCAAGACAAUGUAAAAGUCAUCGACAAAGAGAAAGAGAACCUGCAGGACAGCCUGAAGUCAGUGCAGAAAGAUAAACAGGAUAUCGAAGCCAAACGGAUUCAGUUACAGAGAGAUAACAAUGUUUUAUCUCAAAAGAGAGACCAAAUAGAGACAAAUACUAAUUUGCUGAGUGAAGAAAAGAACAAACUAAAGCUCAGCCAAGGCCAGUUAGAGACCACUAACAGGGCUUUGAACAAAAACAUUGAACAGCUGAGAGCCAGUAAAAGCCGGUUGGAUACCAAUUACAAUGUCUUGUCUGCAGCCAAAGAGCUGUUACAAAAACAAUAUGACACAGUGGUCAAACGUAAAGAUGAGUUACAGGGCAGUCAUGACUCGGUGACCAGGGAGAGGGACAAUUUACAUAACCAAUUCAAUAAUGUCACCAGAUCUAAAGAGAAACUGCAGAUGAGUUACAAUGACUUGAUUAAAGACAUAGAACAUUUACAGGAGAGAUACAACGCAUCUACCGGUGAAAAGGACACGCUCGCAAACACUCACCAAAACCUAACGACACAAAGAGACAUUCUUCAGGUAACUAGCAAGUUUCUUAAAAAAGUAACAGACAUAUUGGGGGCUCAUUACAAUAUGACGGCUUGGGAAAAAAAAGAGCUUGAAAGCAGCUUAAAUAAUGUGACUGCAAAGAGAGAACUGCUGAUGGUGAAAAUCAGCAACCUGACUGCCGAGACAGAUUUUCUCCAGGGCCUAGUUGACAAAAUGAACAAGACAAUGCAAGAUAAGAAGUGUGUCAAUGGCUGGCAGAAGUUCGAGAACAGCUGCUACUACACUUCUAUUGGCAAGAAAACCUGGCAGAAAAGCAGAGAAUACUGUCAAAGCAAAGGAGCUGACCUGGCAAUCAUCACAAGCCAAAAUGAAAUGAACUUCAUCAAUGGCUUGUUUGAAAAUGACAAAGAAGUCUGGAUUGGAUUGGCUGAUGAAGGAGUAGAGGACGAAUGGAAAUGGGUGGACGGGACACCAAUGACCUUAGCGUUCUGGGGUGCAGGCCAGCCCAACAGCUAUAAAGGGACGGACCAGGACUGUGUGGAGUUCUGGCACCGUGCGUCAGGGAAAGGCGAAUGGAAUGAUGAGAACUGUAGUUUAGAACAAAACUGGAUCUGUGAAAUGUAGUGUUUUUCCUGUAUGGAAAGUGCUCUGGUUACAGUUGGCUACUUGCCUGACACUAAUAUAAUCUUGAUAAUCACACUGUGUAGAGAGAAUAAACAUUGGGGACUGCUGUCGGUAAAUUGUAAAUAAUUACAAUAUUAAUCACAGUGACUAAAUUUACAUGGACACCAAUAUUCCAAAUAUUGAACUUAUUCAGAAUAAGACAAUCAUUUGAUCAUGGUGUUUAGAUGAGUUGCGUUAAGAAUAUAAAUACUGCGUCAUACAUCCGACUUUUCCGCAACCUUUUUAAAAAUAUCCCCAUUGCAAUAUUUGCGCCCAUCCAAACCCCUCAUAAUAUCCAUUCCUCUUAAAAUGUAUAGCAUACUACUUUCUCCCUCAAUCUUCAUAGUGGCAGCCAUCCUGUGAAAAUGCAUAUUCAAGCAGCUGGUAACUGUUGAAUGUCCAUUUCCCAGAAUGCUGUGAAAGACUCCGACAAACUUGCACAUCGCCAUUCUCAAGCGCGCAGCCGCCUGGCUGUUCACACCGGACGCGCAUUUCUCCUUGCCGGUCAGCCUGUGCUUUCUCUGCUUGAUGUCAAAUGUAACCCGUUCAAUGCAGGGGUUCGGGGGUUAAUGAUGAUCUGGGAAAUUUAAACUACAGGACAACAGAAGGGAAAUCCAGAGAAUGGGAUGCAUAUUUGAUCAUUUAGAUAAUAUAAAAUCUGUCAUUUAUAUCAUUUAAAACAAUUUUUCAACGUGUUUUCCUGGCGCAGUGAGUAAUGUAUUAUUAAGUUGGAUAUAGCAGCAGACUCAGCUGAUAAACGUGAAGCAGACACAGGUUGACUUAAAUUGUUUGGAACAGCUUGGUUAAAGGGGGACUGAGGUUUCCACAGAUAUCUGUACACACUAUGGAAACUGUUGAAUAGUAAAGAAGGGGAACAAGUAAUUUAUAUCUGUGAUGAUUCAAUAUAUUUACUAAAAUAAUUCAAUGCAUGAUGAUUGAUAUAUAGUUUACAGUUAUCCAUUUAUGGAAAAAUACACUUUCAGAUUAUGUCAAGUAGAUUUGAUUGACAUAUUGCACUGAUUGUAAUCAACUGACUGUAUGACUAAUUAAUGCAUUUCCCAUGUGCUGUACUCUUAAAGUGUUACUUUACUGAUGUUGGCUAUUUUGUACUCAGUUGUUGUUGCUUCUGGUGUGACCACUCGCACAAACUGCACAUGUGCAUAACACUGAUUCAGGGAUAACAGCCUUAGUCAUAAACAUAUACCUUACUCUAUUACUACUGCAUCAUUAAUAUCUAUUGAAUUGGUGCUUCUACUAUUGAGAUGUACAUGUGAAAAAAAGUCUGUGCUGUGCUUAAAAUUCAAUUUCAUUUUGCAUUCUAA